UUAGCAAAGAUGGAGUUCUAAAAGUUGGAAUUCUCGAUUUUAUCAAUCCUUUUGUGUUGACUGCGGCCUUCAGUGGCAGUUUUUGCAGCAGAAGCCGACAUUGCAUGAUCGCCAUAUAUCUUUAUAACAUUUUAGCAUUUGCUUUUUACUAGCAACUCCUGAUUCCGAGCUAUACACGACGAUUGCUUAGGCGUCACCUGGGACGAAACUGGUCUUGUUUUCCCUUUCUCUGCUAGCUAACUGUAUACAUUGUAUACAAGUAUAGUACAUUGAUGUACAGGAGUUCUCUUUGUGAUUGUGAGAUUCAACACAUGGUUUAUUGUAAUCUUCAUUGUUAGCAAGAAUCAUGCCUGAAUACGAAUGGGCAGGAUGUUGAUAUGAGUCCAUGAAAUGCCUCCAUAAAAUCACUUGACUUGUUACCCACCCUGCUGAAAGUAAAUCUCUCUCAAGGAAGUAUCUUAUUUGGCAAGCUGUUCAUUGGCAUGGACAUGUUGGCAUGGGCCUAUUCCGUGGUGGAUUCCUCUCGAAUUUCCACAUUUGUCAUAUCCAUUUUACUCAUCGUCUAUGGAAGUUUCAGGUCGCUGAACAUUGAACAAGAGAAUCGUGAAAGAGAGAAAGAGAAAAACAAUGGACAUGAUGGAUACUCAACAGAUGACGCUAAUGGUGCUGCAGGUCAAGAGAACAAUGUGCAAACUAUCGAUACGUGCCAGGCAAUGUUCCUACCGAUCGGAGCAUCAAUAUCACUGCUUGUAAUGUUCCUCUUCUUUGAUUCGCUACAGAUGGUAUUUGCAGUCUGCACUGCUGUCCUGGCCACUGUUGCAUUUGCUUUCCUGUUACUGCCAAUGUGUCAGUAUCUAAUGCGACCAUGUACUUAUGGACAAAAAAUAUCAUUUGGAUGCUGUGGACGGUUCACUGGAGCUGAGAUUAUGGCAUUUUGUCUUUCAUUUCUCAUUGUGUGUAUCUGGGUGCUAACUGGACAUUGGUUACUUAUGGACGCUCUUGGAAUGGGAUUAUGUGUGGCAUUUAUAGCUCUGAUCAGACUGCCAAGUCUCAAGGUCUCCACACUGCUUCUUGUGGGACUCCUUGUCUACGAUGUGUUCUGGGUUUUCUUCUCGCAAUAUAUCUUCAAGGCCAAUGUCAUGGUGAAAGUUGCAACACGGCCGGCUGAUAACCCUGUGGGUAUGUUUGCGAAGAAGUUCCACCUUGGGGGACUGAUGAGAGAUGCCCCAAAAUUAUCUUUACCUGGAAAAUUAGUGUUCCCAAGCAUGCACAACACUGGCCAUUUUUCGAUGUUAGGACUUGGUGAUAUAGUCAUGCCAGGUCUUUUGUUGUGUUUUGUGUUGCGAUAUGAUGCGUACAAGAAAACCCAGCUCAUAUCCACCGAAGCAGGAUUACCACCACCUCACAUGUAUAACAAAGUCACAUACUUCCAUUGUUCUCUCAUAGGAUAUUUUUUAGGGUUAUUGACAGCGACUGUUUCAUCCGAAGUGUUCAGAGCAGCUCAGCCUGCACUUCUCUACCUUGUGCCAUUUACAUUACUUCCACUUGUCACUAUGGCAUAUCUCAAAGGUGACCUUCGACGAAUGUGGCAUGAACCAUUUUUGAUCACUCAACAGCCUAAGUUUAUGGAAGUAUGACAUUAUGUAUGAUCAGAUCAAAUUUGAAACAUUUCUCAACCAGCGAAGAUUUAGAGAUCACUACCUUUUGGGCAAGAUGUGCGAUAUUCUUGUACUUCAUUAUCAGAGUUGAAGUCGGAGUGGGUGUCGUAACUGACGCGCGACCUCUGUAUUCUAAGGAAUAUUCUAAUAGUGGAUAUCAGGGAGUAAGACCAGUGUAAUCGAGCAUUGCAACUUCAUUGGGUUCUGACUAAGGAGGGAGUCAGAUUGUUCACUGUGUGAACUAGGACUUGAGAUAUUGAUUACGAUUCAGAGAGUUUAUGGAUUCCUAUGUAGUCAUCACAAUAUUCAUUCACAACAAUGUGAGGGUAUUAAUCAGUGAUCAUGUUAAAUUGAUUAUCAGUUGUAGGACAAGCAAAUUGUUUUGUGUACUUUUCACGUCGGGAUUGAUCUUGUGGAGCUGCAUCGUGCUUCAGUGUGAUUGGUUGUAAAACUCUUCAUGAGACACAAAAACCAGCCAAAGCUGAUUUACAAUGCAUAAAGAAAGAUUUUCCUGUCAGUAUCAUUUCUGAAAUGUCUCUGGGUUCCAACUUCAUGACCUCGAUUUUUGGAAUUUUUCUCAUGCUUAAUUUGGCCGAAUUACUCAUGGUAGGGGAAGUGGUUUAGAAGUGAGCUUGUAGGCUUUGUUUAGGUUUGGAGGUAUCCGGAAUCUGGUAUCCAGGAUUUGAGAUAACCAGAUCAUACUUUCUAGUCAUUAUUUUAGGGUAGUUUAUAUCUCUCAUGAUAUUAGUGUUAGCCUCAAUUCUUAGAUGUAGCUUCAAAAUAUACUAUAAGUAUAAACUGUGAAAUUGUCACUUUCCGUCGGUGAUAGACUCAUAUCGCAUUUGUUGCUGAAAUCCUCAUCUAUUAGAGUAGCGGGUAAUCACUUUUUCUUCCAAUCAGUUGUCCUAAAUGGCUGAAUGAAGAAAUACAAUGAAUACCUUUAAAACAAAUAAUCCAAAAAAAUCAAAUCAAAUGUCUGGUUGAUGAAUUUCAUCAGUUUUUGAAAGUUUGGUUCCAAUCAGAUACAUGUACUUAAUUAUUAGUUCUUUUGUAUUCUAAUUCAAAAUUUAGUAGUUUAGUUCAAUUUGUAUCUUUUUAGGGUAUGGCAUGGCUGGUUUAAUUGGUAUUUCUUUGUAAUGCAGGUGUCGGAUUUAUGCUGCUUUAGUUUGUUUGUCUGUAUGCUUGAUAUUCAGAUGUUUAAAGAUCAUGAUGGGACCAGCAUCUUGGGUUUAGAUUAGGUGUGGCCAGGUCUAGUAAUUGGUGAAGAUUUGCAAAUUUGGUUUUGACUUAUGUACAUGUAUUUAGAACAAAAAAUAGUGCGAUGGGCUUCAGGAUGGGGCAGUUAAUAAUUUGCUUGUCUGCGAUGGAAAGAAACUUUAGUUAAACCAAGGGCAGGGUUAUGAAUGUGUCCAUGGCGUUAAAGCCAACAUGUCUGUUUUUAGGACACUCUCCCAAUUAUGGACAGCGGUGUAAGUCCUGUCAACUCAGUACUUGUGUAUAUUUCUUAUAUUGGUCAUUUCCAUUUGCCCUCUGAUGUAGACACCUCUUCAGGACAGUGAGGUCCAUUAAUUACCUCUCACAAAAGACUUUCUGAUUAUUCCUCAAGAGGUUGAAUACUUGUUUCUCUCAAGUGUAAUUCUUCUUUGAUGUCUUAAUGAUUUAGUGAACUGCCGCUGUGUAGUGUGAUGGAGAGAACAACUUUCCUCCUGCCUAAUUCAAUGUUAAGUGAUUUUUGAGCAUAAGGUGGUAUCCUUCAGUUUCACAAAAAAAAUGUUGCAGUGAUACGUUAAGUAUUUCAAUUUUGAAGUUGAUUGGCUUGCACAAUUAUUCAGUUCACUGUGGUGUUGACGAAAUAUUUUAAAUUAGAUAUGAAAUGCUCUAUGAAGCUUAAUUGAUGGCAUGUCCAAAAAUCUCUGUUGGGGGUCAGAAUAGAAAUGAGAAUAGUAUGAGGAGCAGGGAAAAUUUAGUCAUUUGACAUUUAUAUGCGUGGUGGACUUGAUCUAACUUUGGCACGUGUGCUUUCCAACUGAAGCGUUUUUUUACAGAUGAAAACCGCCCUGGUGUUCAGCGAAAUUUGUUGCCAUAUUACAAGUGUCAGUCAUAAGUUACGAAAAGUCCUCUGCGCAUGAGUACCAGAUACGUUAUUGAAACAUUUUGUUGGCUUAUUUUCUGUGUAAUGCUCACUUUUUGCAGUCCUCCAAGGAGUCCGUUCUGUCUGAUGCAGUUUGUUUUGUGUGGGCUUUAACCCUGGUCAUACCUUUUUGACUCCAUAAGGACAAAAUGCUGUAUUUCUGGCCAUGACGUCAUCCCCAAAAUGCUUGUUGAGUACAACUAUUUACUAGUCUAGGUGUAGAUUGCAAUAGAUUUUUUACCAGGUUUGUGUUUUGUACUUGUUUUUUUAUACACUUGUAUUAAUUGUACUUUGUAGAAAAUUGAUUUGAGUUCGUUUGUACAUGGCUCAAACUGCAACUUGAUGGGAACAUUUACAACUAAUGCUGUAAAAAGAAUUGUUUCAGAAGUAUAGUUAAAGAAUCUUGAGGGUUCUUCUGUGAUGCCAUGCAUCUGAAAUCGUACACAGAUUUUCAACAUACGCUUUGUGUGCACAUUGAUUAUGUAUCUUGGGUUACUCUCUGAAGGAAUACUGUCAUGCUGGUGUUGGCUGUCAGUUUUAAAUGUCCCUUUUGUCAAUUGGCCGUGUACGUCACCACCAUAUCGUCAUGAGUGUAGAUGCGGGUUAAGUUGUAUUUGUUAUUUAUUUCAUGUAGUAUGGCUUUGAAUUGAAUGAAUCUCAUGAAAACAAUAAAAAAAUUAUGGAUA